GACACCACCCCGGUUGCCAGGGCGGCGCGGCGCGGUCGGCAGCCAUGAGCGCUGUGUUGGACGUGCUGUGGGAGGACAGAGAUGUCCGCUUCGACAUCUCCCCGCAACAAAUGAAAAUGAGACCUGGAGAGGUCCUUAUAGACUGCUUAGAGUCUGUUGAAGAUACCAAAGGAAACAAUGGAGACAGAGGUAGACUACUUGUGACAAAUCUGCGGAUUAUUUGGCGCUCAUUGUCAUUGCCCAGAGUCAAUCUCUCUGUUGGUUUCAACUGCAUUAUAAAUAUAACUACAAGAACUGCCAACUCAAAAUUACGAGGGCAGACAGAAGCUCUGUAUAUACUGACCAAAUGUAACAAUACACGGUUUGAGUUCAUAUUUACUAAUGUUGUCCCUGGGAGUCCCAGACUCUUCACUUCAGUUAUUGCUGUACACAGAGCUUAUGAAACUUCUAAAAUGUAUCGUGAUCUGAAGCUGAGAAGUGCAUUGAUUCAGAAUAAGCAGCUGAGGUUAUUACCACAAGAACAAAUAUAUGAUAAAAUCAAUGGAGUUUGGAAUUUAUCAAGUGACCAGGGAAAUUUGGGAACAUUUUUUAUUACUAAUGUCAGAAUAGUUUGGCAUGCAAAUAUGAAUGACAGCUUUAAUGUCAGCAUACCACAUCUACAAAUUCGUUCAAUAAAAAUAAGAGACUCAAAGUUUGGCUUGGCACUUGUGAUAGAGAGUUCUCAGCAGAGUGGAGGAUAUGUACUUGGUUUUAAAAUAGACCCUGUGGAAAAACUACAGGAAUCAGUGAAAGAAAUUAAUUCACUUCACAAAGUUUAUUCAGCUAACCCUAUAUUUGGAGUGGAUUAUGAAAUGGAAGAAAAGCCUCAACCUCUUGAAGACUUAACAGUGGAACAGGUUCAAGAUGAUGUGGAAAUAGAAUCUGAUGAACAUACAGAUGCUUUUGUGGCAUAUUUUGCUGAUGAAAACAAGCAACAUGAUCGGGAGCCUGUUUUUUCAGAAGAACUAGGACUUGCAAUAGAGAAGCUAAAGGAUGGAUUCACACUCCAGGGACUCUGGGAAGUAAUGACCUGAUUUAGAUUGGCAUACGUUUGUUUCCUAAGCAAGAAAAAACCCUCAGUUCUUACAGGGCUUGUGAGAUCUGUAGAAUAUAAUUUAGAAAUACCCAAGUAGCAGAGAAAGAAGAUACCAAAUUAAAGAGAAAGCAAAUAUUCAAUAAUAUGCCCUCGGGAUAUGUCAUAAAGGAAAGAUUGUUCAAAACCCCUCAUAUGUGUAAAAGCUUUGUAUUUAUUAUAUUGUUUCUGUAAGUAGUGGGAGGACAACCGAUGUCUUAAUAUAAGCAGGGGUGGGAGCCCCGCCCCCUGCAGGCAGUCACGUGUUCCACACGUCCCGCCCUUCCUCUGGUCACGUGGUAUAAGGACCUGGAAGUCCCUCCCCAUUACGUGUUUGGCAGCUGCCAUUUUAUUUCAGCCUCCAUUAUGUAAAAUGUCAUACGCAGUGUUUUCAUACCGCUCUGUGAUUGGCUGACUGCAGGUUUUGACACACUUGUACCCCAGGUGUUUUCAGGCGUGUGAUUGGCAGGAGCAUCCACCCCAUCCUGGUCCCCCCAGAAGGCUGUCAGAGCAGGAAGCCCCCUACCCUAACAGCGCAGGGUCCGCCAUGGUGUUUCAGCCACCAUUUAUGGCAGGUAGCCACCGUUUUUUUUUUCCAUUUUACCUGAAAGUCUGUCAGAAAAGGAGGCCUCUUAGUAUAUACGUGGAGACUACCAUUUGAGAGUCGGCAGUGUGUAGUAUAUAGUUUGAUGCUCAAUAUAUACAGUGAUGUACUUUCCCACAAUCAUGAUAUCUAAAUCAAAUUUCCAUAACUUGUUCAGUGUUGUGCAACAUAGAAUUAUCAUCAUACACAGAACAUUUUGUAUCUAGGCAUGUUGGCUGUGUCAGUGCAGCGGUGCUGUGUUACUGAUGGCUUUAACAAAAAGCAAUCCUGUUCCAAAUAUUAUUUUUAAUGUCUUAUUGUUUUGUUAAAUGUUCAGCACAUAUCAUUCCAGGUACUUAAUUGUAAUCCUCAUAUAGCUUUUUCUUUUUUUUUUUCCCCCCCCCUUUUUCUAGAGCACUUGUUUUAAGGAAUGAUCUAGAAAAAGGUGCACACACAAAUAGCUUCUGUGUCUGAGUCAUUAGACCUUUCCAAUGUUAUGUGUUAGAGAGAAAUGAGUCAUUUAUUGUUUAAAGGAAGAUGCAGCUGUUACGUUUUCUAGUGAGAUAAGACCUCUGCGCUAUUUUCUAUAAGUGGAAAAAGUCAAAUGAGCUCUCCUCUCAGCUGUUGUUUUAGCAGCUGACCGUUGUAGUAAAGUAACUGUGGUAUGAAUAUAAUUCUGGUGUUUGUAGAAAACCUUUCUACAGGUAUCUAUUUUAAUGAAAUACUACCUAUAUCAAAAACCAAUCGUGAUUUCAAUAAACUUUGAUAAUGUUAUACCUCGUUGUAGAUCUUGCAUUCAAAUAGUUAUGUUUUCACCCUGUCUCCAUUACAUUCAAAGAACAUUCUACUAUAUGGGUACCAUCUAACAUACUCUAUGUGGGCAAAAUACAGUCCUUUAUCAAGGUGCAAUAAACAACUUAAAAUUUCAAAUUUAUUUUGGGUCUGUAUGACCACCUUUAAUAAAAGUAUAAAUGUUCCCAGCCGAAAUUGUGAAACCUUCAACAUAUGCAUAAAUCUUCUAAAUUUACGUUCACUUUUCAAACUCCUUGUCCAAUUUGGGGCUUUUUUAGUUUGAAUUCAGAAGUUUUUAGUUUUUUUAAAUUACACAUACAUUAAAAAAUGUUAAUAUGGUGGAUUACACGUUUUUCAUAUUCCAUUCUAUCUUUCUUGUGUCCUGUUUUUGGUUUAGUUUAACAGCAGUUAACACCAUUUCCAGUACAGUCAAAUUUGAAAGGAUUGAUGAUGUCUACAGACAAUCUGAAAUGAAGAAUGGUGUUUAUUAAGGGGAAGUGGAGACUUAUUUUAAAAUUAUUUUUGAAAGCAGAACUUUACCCAAAUAAUGUAUAUUUUAUAUCUAAACAGUAGGGUUUUGUUUACAAAUCAAUACAACCAAGUGGAUAUUAAGAAGCAGCUCAAAAUUAAUUUCAGAUUCUUAUUAUUAAUAUCUGAAGAAAUUGCAGGUGUGAUACGGAUAUGUGAAAAAAUAAUCUUAGAGCACAGAUAAUUGAUGCAAAGAUCUGGAGUUUUUAAAUAUCUUUAUGACUACAGCAAUGAGAUGUAUUAAGCAACUCUGAAAAAGUAAACAGCAAUUGCAGCUGACAAUUUGAUUAGUUAUAUUUCUAUUUCAGAAUUUUUGGUAACAUGUAUAUUUACAAUCUUGCUCAUAACUGUCUCACUGAGGGUCAGAUUCUGAGGGUCCUUGCUCAUGUCAAAUAAUUUCUUACAUUGCACGUAAUCUCAUUGAUUCAGUGUGGAGAAUGAUGGCAAAACCUGACCAUAGUGACUAAAAGCAACAGUUGCUUCUUUCAGUCUUUGACAGCUGCAAGAGCAACUCUUUUUUUCCAAACCAUCCAUCCUAAAUUCCGACCUGUAAGAGUAUGUACCUAUAUUUAGCUGGUGAGAUUAAGUUGCAGAGGCUUCAGGCAGGGCAAAGCACAUUGGUCUGCCUUUUUUACAGACAGACCUUUGGGCAGACAACAGCUAAAGCUUUGUGCUCCCUCCCCUUUCUCAAGUAUUUGCGA